UUUUGCUGUAUAUGAUAAUGAAAAAAUGAAAUGUUUUUGACGUUUGCCAUAUUUUUGCAUCAUGAUUAUGAUACAUCCAAAGUUUAGUUUAUUGAUUGAAAUCGGAGAUAUCAUUUUAAAUCAUGUGUUAAUAACGAAGUCAAUGAAAUCAAUCAGUGCUGAUAUCCCUUUUUACAUGUCGUUCAAAGUCCAUUACUAUACCUGUGUGUAGGUUAAAUUCGCAGCCCAUUGACACAUGUUGACAAAAAAUGUAAUUUCUUUAUCAUGCUUUGUGGUUCCGGUGGGCGUGUAUGUUUUAUACUGCAACACCGACCGGUUGACUGACUUCCGUAUUUACUACGCAUGUACAAAUCACUAAUGGAUCACUCUAUGUAAUUGUAAAGAGAGUCCGAACAAUUGGAGUGUCUGAACUGUUCAUUUUCCAACCUUUUAGUAGCAUUUCACCUCACGUUUUAGUGCAAAGACCGCAAUAAUCAAGUUUGUGUCUUGGACAUCGCAGAUGACAGACGAAUAGCCUACGUGAAUGUCUACGACGAUGACGUCGCUAAAACCCAAUGGAGAGGCCGACCAGGUCCGUAUCAUACUCUGGACCUUCCCUCGUACAUUGUCGACAGCAUUGAUCAAAUGCCUGAGUCAGAUCGACGGCGUGGAGAUCUGGUUUGAACCGUAUUGCUUCUGCAGUAUGGCUGCUAGAGAAUACCGACGGGCUCACGGCCGAGAGUUGCCGACAAGCUACGCAGGCAAUGAGACGAAGUUCACCGAAGCUGCGCGACUUCUCUCGAAGGUGGCGCUCAUGCCUGCUGGUGUCAUCGACCCCGAGAGACUGGCGUAUGAAGGCGUCAAAGAGAGGCUUGAAAGCUCGACGAGUAAGUACGUCAUCGUGAAGGACAUGGCUUUGUCGAUGUCAGACAAGAAAUAUCGUCGUUAUUUACCCGAUGGUUUUACCCAUGCGUAUUUGAUCCGCGAACCUGCGGCAGCUAUCACAUCGUACCGUCGAGCCACGUACCAAAGCUUUCUGUCGGCAGGGUACCUGGUCGGGGAAGCAAGAGAUGAAAACAAAUUUGACAUUGAAAGGGAUAAUUUUUUAAUGGACGCUGGCUUGUUUCACCAAGAACUCUGCGAGCUCUGGAGAUAUUCAUCCCAACACUCAAAAGCGAGUGCUCUUCCCAAGGAAGGAAGUUCCGAAAGGAGUAAGCAAUCGGUCAUCAUCGAGUCAGACGAUCUUCUCACGAAGCCACACGAAGUGUUGCCGAAGUUUUGCCGAGCACUUGGUUUGCCUUAUGACCAGUCGUUACUGCGAUGGGAUGCAUCCGCGGACGUGGCAUUUACAUGGAAAGCGGCUGGGGAUGAAGUUCUACGACAUAACGUCCAUUUCUACAAGACAGCGAUGAGCAGCACGCAUUUCGUGCCAGCGAAUAAAAGAACACAGGUUCAAAAUGUAUUUGAAGAUGUACGGCGUCUUGCUGAGAAAGCUCGACCAUAUUAUGAAGAAAUGUAUAACCACAAAUUAUAGAAAUUAUUUGCAGGAAAACGAGGACGAUCUAGAAAAGCCCGGGAAAGGGCAUUCUAGGACAAAAUAUUAUACAAAGUGUGAAAGUCGUUUCCUCCACUGAAUAAUUUGUUGCCGCCACUUACAAAAUUAUUUCCACCGAAUUCAAGUCGUUCCCUCCAUUUAGUAAACGAUUGGAAUAAGCGUGGGGGUG